UGUAUACUUGUAUACUUUAAAUCGAUUGGCAUAAGUAUUUUAUUAUGCGCAUCCUUCACAAAAGGUGCACAAAGUCCUUGCUAGCUGUUGUUCAUGUAAACAGUAUAGUCUGUAAUAAACACAUAAUAUAUAGUAAACGAGUUUUUCUGACUUUUAACUGUUUAUUUUAUUAUUUUUAAUAUUUUUACUGAUGAGCUUUGUGAAAUUACUGGGUAAAAUAAUGUCUCCAUUGUUGGUUUAUUAAAUAAAGUUUAUUCCCAAAUUAGAACCAUUAAGGCAAAGGUCUUAAUUUAAGGAUUUUAUAAUGGCGUUAACCGAAAUAGACGGCGGUAAAGCAUGGAUUAUUUUACUUGGAAUUAAUAUUAUAAAUGUAUCGAUAUCACCAUUGGUACAAUGUUUUGGUAUUAUAUUUGAUGAAAAAUUUUCCAUAAUUGGAAUGACCGCUGCACAAAUUUCGUUAAUUUUACAUUUAAAUAGUUUUAUAUUAUGUUGUUUGGGUUUAUUAAGUGCACCAGUGUUUCGGCGAUAUACAUUCCGACAAGUAGCAUUUUGUGGAUCAAUAAUUGUUACAAUUGCAAUAUGUUGUAUUAGUUUUGCCAACACAUUUUGGGAGUUUAUUCUAUAUUAUUGUAUAUUAUUUGGAUUGGGUCAAGGAAUAUUAUACCCUGCAACUAAUUUAGCACUAAGCACUUAUUUUAUAAAAAAGCGUUCAAUAGCAAUGGGUAUUGCAGUUACUGUAUCAGGUUUGGGGCCUACAAUUAUCCCAUACGUGUGUAAUUAUUUAUUGGAACAAUUUGAAACAGGUGGAACUGUUCUAAUAUUAGGAGCAAUCUCUUUACAUGCGUUAAUUGGGGCAUGUCUGUUACAACCAAUGGCCAAAAGAUCUUCAGAUCUAAGUAUCAAUACUGGAUCGUCUGAAAAUACUAAGGAAUCGGAGCAUAAUUCAUUAAAAUCACCAGAAUUAGAAAAAUUGUUAAGUGGUCAAAAUAGUAACAAUGUGUGUUACAUAAAAAUACCGCCAACACCGUUGAAGUACGGCAAACAGUUCUUCCGAUCAGAUAGUAAUAUAUCAUUUUAUAAAAAUCUACCAAAGAAAGUUGAUCGUAUACAUUUAAGGAAAUCGGAGAAUGAUUUAUUCCGUAAUCAAUCAUACGGCGAUCAUGUUCCAAAAGCAAUUGAUUUUAAAGCAUUGGUUGAACGAAAUCGUCGAAAACAAAAUAAUCAACAAAAUGAAGAACCAAAAAAUUGUUUACAACGAAUUUAUUGUGCAUUAAAUUUAGAAUUAUUAAAGGAUUUAGUAUUUGUAAAUAUUAUAAUCGGAAUGAGUGUAUCAUUCGUAGCGGAAUUAAAUUUUAAUUUAAUGAUUCCAUUUGUUCUAUCUGAAUUGGCGAAUUUUACACGAACUGAAAUUGCGUAUACAAUGAGUAUACAAGGUACUGUGGAUAUUUUGGCAAGGUUUAUUACACCAUUUUUUGCCACAAAAUUUGGUUGGAGUGCACGUUGGCUGUAUGUUAUAUCAUUAUUUGGAUCGAUUAUGGGACGAACAAUUCUUACAAUGUAUCAUGGCAAUGCCAUCAUAGUUUAUUGUUUAGCUGGCUUGUUGGGAUUAUCGAAAGGAAUUAAAGCAGUUUUUCAAGCAAUUAUUAUUCCUAAUUAUGUUGUGUUGGACAAAUUACCAGCUGCAAGUGGAUUAGUAUAUCUAGGGAAUGGUAUAUUGUCAUUAAUUUUGGGUCCACUAAUAGGUGUUAUUCAUGACGUAGCUGGAAGUUAUAUUCCGGCAUUACAUGCCACAUCAAUAAUGUCAGUCUUAUGUAUAAUACUAUGGAUAAUCGAGUAUUUAAUUCAUAAAUCUUCAAGCACAACAAAUUCAACUAGUAAUGCGGAAACUACGUAAUGAUUUGACGGAAAAUCAAAUCGUUGUACAAAUUAAUUAUUUCAUUUAUAUCAUCCAUAGCUUAAUGGAACGGUAAAUGUUAUCAAAGAUAUAGAAAAUUAAUUAUACAGGUGGGGUAACAUCAAGGUGGAUUGAAGCGCUAUUUAGAUAAUGAAAUUACACGUAUAACGUAGCUGCACUUGGUAAAAUGCAAAUGUCCAAUCGCUUUGAAGAUUGUUAAAAAAAUAAUAAGGAUCUGUCUUUCGGCUUUGAUCGUUUGAUCACCAUAAUGCUACUUUCUCAACAAUUCAAAAGAUGAUUAAACAAGCAAUGAAUUAAAAUUUGGUGUUUUAAAAAAAAUUUGAUUUUCUACUUUCGUGAUAACAUUUACUAACUAUAAAAGAAUAAUACAUUUCACUCACGGAUAUAAAAAGAAAUUUACAUUUUAGCGCACAGUAUAUAAAUAGUUCCUCUGAAGAUUUGAAGAAUUAAAUAUUGCGUUUUAAAAAAUCUUAAAUUUUUAUUCAUACAUAUAAAAAAAAUUGAUUAAUUCGUUUAUUAAAGAUAUAGUCAAGAACGCCCAAAUAAAUUAUAAUCAUUUUUUAUCCGCGAGUGUGUAGAUAUAUGUACAUACCAUAAGUGCCAUAAAAUAUUUACUGUAUCAGUGAUAACGAAGUUACCUAUUAACGUAAAUAUUAAAUAAACUAAUUAAUUAAUGUUAUAUCUAAAAUGUAAAUUUUAUUGAAUAAUUAAUAUAGUUUAAAGAGAUGAAUUACUUUAUUGAUAAGAAUAUAGUGGAUUAAACAAUAUUUUACGAGGUAUGAAAAUAGUUCUAACGUUCGAGUGGCAGAUUUUUAUUUCUCUUUUUGUCUAUUAUUAUAUUUGUUUAUUUAAACUAUAACUAUGUCUUUGAUUUUACGUCUAUAAUUGUUUCCGGAGAUAAAAUUUAUUGUGCUAAUAAAUCAAAGGCUAAGAAAAAUAAUUUGUUAAUUUUUAACUUCAUCAAGGUUAACAGGCUAUUAAAUGUAAAUACAGUAAAUAAACAUAAACGUAAAUACAGUAGACUGUGUAAUCUGACAUUUUGUGUUAUUUCCUAGCAAGUACACAGACAAAACGAGUAGGUAUAUACUCUUCUUGAUAUUAUUAAUUCCCAAAGAUGGCCUGUCGGAUUAUUGAAGUAUAUUGUUUGAAU